UCAUUGGCGCCAAGAUGGCGUUGGAGAUGAGGCUCCCCAGGGCUCGCAAACCUCUCAGUGAGAGCUUGGGCCGCGAUUCUAAAAAACAUUUGGUAGUGCCGGGGGACACGAUCACCACGGACACAGGCUUCAUGCGGGGCCAUGGAACAUACAUGGGGGAGGAAAAGCUCAUUGCGUCAGUGGCCGGCUCUGUGGAGAGAGUGAACAAGCUGAUCUGUGUCAAAGCCUUGAAAACCAGAUACAAUGGAGAAGUCGGAGACAUUGUGGUGGGGAGGAUUACUGAGGUCCAACAGAAGAGGUGGAAGGUGGAGACCAACUCCAGGCUGGACUCCGUCCUGCUCCUCUCAUCCAUGAACCUACCUGGGGGAGAGCUGAGGAGAAGGUCGGCGGAGGAUGAGCUGGCCAUGAGAGGCUUCUUACAAGAAGGCGACCUCAUCAGUGCGGAAGUCCAGGCUGUGUUCUCCGAUGGAGCUGUUUCUCUGCACACGAGGAGCCUGAAGUACGGAAAGCUAGGUCAGGGGGCUUUAGUCCAGGUCUCUCCUGCCCUGGUGAAAAGACAGAAGACCCAUUUCCAUGACUUGCCAUGCGGUGCCUCAGUGAUUCUGGGUAACAAUGGUUUCAUCUGGAUCUACCCGACACCCGAGCACAAGGACGAGGAGGCGGGGGGCUUCAUUGCCAACCUGGAGCCAGUAUCCCUUAGUGAUCGAGAGGUGAUCUCCCGGCUCCGGAACUGUAUAGUCUUGCUGGUAACUCAGAGAAUGAUGCUGUACGACACCAGCAUCCUGUACUGCUACGAGGCCUCCCUUGCACAUCAGAUCAAAGACAUCUUAAAACCAGAAGUAAUGGAGGAGAUCAUGCUAGAAACACGCCAGAGGCUUUUGGAGCAGGAGGGGUGAAGACGAGAGCUGAGGGAUGGGACUGUGCACCUCUCUGGACCAGUGUUGGGAGUGAAAAGUCUGCCAUGUGGUCCCCAGGGAGGAUCUGACAAAUAGUUACUCACCUGCAGCGGUCUACAGAGCCAGCCCUGUCCACUCCUGUUCUGAGACAGAGCUGGGGGAAGUAAAUGGUGUGUUUGGGCGCUUGGGUCCCAGUACAAGGGGGAGUUUUAGGUCUUUCAGAGCACAGUGUCCCAACCUGAUGACUUACCUUGGACUAACUUGGAGAGUUUGUCUUCCCAUCACACCACACAAUGCCCCCAUGAAACUGUCCUGGUGAAAAACAUGGUUGGUGGGGAUCUAUCUCAGGGGUGGAUCACUUCCUAACAUGUGCAAGUUCCCAGGUUCAAUUCCCGGCACUACCCCAACCCAGAAAACAGAAGACCAGAGACAAAGAAAGGCCUCAGCGCCAGCUCGGAUGGCGUCCUCCCACUUCCACUGCCUCCCUUAAUGCACAAGUGUGCGGCUGGAGAAGGUGGUAGAGUAGGGCCAGGGGCAAAUGGAUAUGAGAAUAAAGGGAGCCUGCAGCCUCUGUUGGAAUCUGAGUCCCACCGUGUGUUCCUUCUGCUGGCAGGUUCGAGGGGUCAGAUCCUCUGCCUGGGCCUCCUUCCCAAGCGAGCUGUUUCUUCUCUUAGCAUCUCAGGCCCUCCUUCAGCAUGUCUACUGGCAGGAGCUGUUCUGAGACAUCCUGCGGAGCGCCUGAGCUCCUGCCUGUGAGAGUGUGUGCCGUCACUGAUAACAGAGAAUGAGUGUUCUGGGCCAGUAGUAGUUUUUGGUGCUGUGACAAAGAAACAGAAAAACAAUUGGAAAAAGCCAAUUGUGGGCUGGAGAGAUGACUCAGUGGUUAAGAGCACUGACUGCUCUUCUAGAGGACCUGAGUUCAAUUCCCAGCUACCACAUGGUGGCUCACAACCAUCUGUAAUGGGAUCUAAUGCCCUCUUCUGGUGUGUCUGAGGACAGUUACAGUGUACUUAUAUAUAAUAAAUCUUUUUUU